GGAAAGAUGAGUGGUCCUCAGCCCUUGCAGGAGGAGGUGUAUGAUAUGUCAGGUGCCCGCCUGGCCCUGACCCUGUGUGUCACCAAAGCCCGAGAGGGUUCCGGGGCAGAUAUGGAUGCCCUGAAACGCAUGUUCCACCAGCUGAGAUUUGAAAGUACCAUGAAGACAGAUCCCACUGCCCAGCAAUUCCUGGAAGAAUUGGAAAAGUUCCAACAGGUCAUAGAGAACUGGGAAGAGCCAGUCAGCUGUGCCUUUGUGGUGCUCAUGGCACACGGUGAGGAAGGCCUCCUCAAAGGAGAGGAUGAGCAGAUGGUCAAGCUGGAGGACCUCUUCGAGAUCUUGAACAACAAGAACUGCCGGGCCCUGAGAGGCAAGCCAAAAGUGUACAUUAUCCAGGCCUGCAGAGGAGAACACCGAGACCUCGGUGAAACAAUAGGUGGGGAUGAGGUUGCCAUGAUCACAAAGGAUGACCUCCAAACCAUCCCAACAUACACGGACACCCUCCACAUCUACUCCACAGUUGAGGGGUACAUCUCCUACAGACACGACCAGAAAGGCUCCAGCUUCAUCCAGAUCCUGACGGAUGUGUUCAUAAACAAGAAAGGGUCCAUCUCAGAACUCCUGAUAGAGGUAACCCGUCGUAUGGCAAAAACAGAGGUGAUUCAGGAAGGGACACCAAGGAAAGUGAACCCUGAAAUCCAAAGCACCCUCCGGAAGCAGGUCUAUCUGCAAUGA